UGGCGUCAUCACAGAGCGCGUCGGCUGCAGGAUGGUGGCUCCCGCCCGGCUCCUCCGGCGGGCCUUUUCCUCAGCGUCCGACGGGCGGAGGCGGAGGAGGGCGUGGGAGGCUUCGCUGUCGCCUUUGGAGAGACUGAAGCGGCUGCUGCCGCCGGAGCAGGCUGCGGUGGUGGAGCGCUGCGCGGAGCCCCCCUCCUCGGCCUCCCCGCAGGCGCCUCCCGAGGAGAAAAUGGCGGCGCCGAGCGCGGCGCCCACCGCAGCGCCUUCCCCGCAGGGACCUCGCGAGGAGAAAAUGGCGGCGCGCCUCAGCCCGCUCCGCGCGGGGGAGCUGGCGCUGGCGGAGCUGCGGAGGAAGCACAACGCGACGCUGAAGCUGCUGUGCCGCUUGGAGGCGGGCGCGGUGCUGAACUCUCACGGCGGGCUCCUGCCGCACCGGGACAUCAUUGGGCAGCUGCCCGGGCAGCUGCUGCGCUCCUCGGCCGGGGCGCGGCUGCUGCUCAGGCGGCCCUCGCUGGACGAGUACGUGCUGCUGAUGCCGCGGGGACCCACCAUCGCCUACCCCAAGGAUAUCAGUGCUAUGCUGAUGAUGAUGGAUGUCCACCCAGGAGACGUUGUGUUGGAGAGUGGCAGCGGGUCUGGUGCUCUGAGCUUGUUUCUGUCAAGAGCGGUUGGGCCCGAGGGACGUGUUAUCAGCUAUGAAAUCAGAGAUGACCAUCACAACUUAGCAAAGAAGAACUACAGGCAUUGGCGCACAACGUGGAAAAUAGGACAUAUGGAGGAGUGGCCAGAUAAUGUGGAUUUCAUUCUUAAAGACAUCUCAAGAGCUGCUGAGGAUAUUAAAUCGUUAACAUUUGAUGCAAUAGUUCUGGAUAUGCUUAACCCUCAAUCUGCUCUGCCUGUUGUACACCCCAGUCUUAAAGAGGGUGGUGUGUGUGCUGUGUAUUUAGCUAACAUCACACAGGUUAUAGACCUUUUAGACAGAAUACGGACAUGCAGGCUCCCUUUUUCCUGUGAAAAGAUCGUUGAGGUAACUCAUAGAAAUUGGUUGGUGCUCCCUGCUAAAAUCAAGAACUGCAAAUCAAGCCAAAGAGUGGAAACUCAAGAAGAUAUCGAGGAAGAUCCUCAACAGAAAGAAGGUGAUGAAAUCCAAACUCUGGAUCAAAUAGUUCUUAACGAAGGUGAAGGCGAUGAGUCAUUUCCUGAUGAUGCUGAAACACACUGCUCAGCACCUUACGUUGCGAGACCAUCGCGUUGGCAGGACGCUCAUUCAGGUGAGAUACUUGAAAAAAUGCUUAUAUUGUAAAUUCUAAAAUAUUUUCAAAAAUAACAACUUCUAUACUAGCACUUGACAUAUUACUAUAUCACAAAAUUGUGGAACUUAUAAUAAACUGGAAAUUCUAUAGAAAUUCUAAUAAACUAAUAAAUAAACUAAUUAUAAUAAUAAUUAUAAUAAUUAUAAUAAUAAUUAUAAUAAUAAUUAUAAUAAUAAUAAACUAAUUCUAAUAAACUAAUUAUAAUAAAUUAUAAUAAAUUAUAAU